CGCAGUCGCAGAGAGACGUCGCCAGCUCCGUUUUCGCCGUUACAGCCACAGCUGCUGUCGCAGUGCGUCUGGUUGUGGUGCGCCAUUUGUUUUCUGGUGGAAAUAUUUUAAACGACGCAAACAUUAAAAGCGCGUUUGAGACACGCAAAGAAUUUUGAUAUCUUUCGGAAGACACAAAUUCACAGUGGCAUAAGAAAACAAACGAGACGAAAAGAUACCGGGAGUAUUUGUGAGUUUCGACUCAAAACGUUGAAUUGACGAAGAACCGGCCUCAAAACACCGGGAUAUUCUGCGCUAUUUAUGCGUGGCUAGAAGCUGAAUUGUGAAAUAUAAAUGAAACACGAAUAAAAUAAGGCCGAGUACAAUAAACAAAACUUUGCUGAAAUCCAUUGUGUUCAAGACGACGAAAGCGGGCGUUGAUACAUAAAGCAAAUUCAAAGUAUACUCGUAUUAUCGGAAAUAAUAAUUUACAUUUUUAUACCAAUCUCCGUAUAAGUGGAGUCUCACACAAUAAAUACUUUUAUCUUUUCACUCUUUUACGAAUUCGAAGAACCUCCCCAAAAUGGUUGCAAAUCAAGCGAACACAAAGAUUAAACUGGAUGGUGCAAUUUAUCAGCCACUGUCCACUCCGACAGACAUGCAAUCCAUAAUACCGUCAAUGACGCCUACACCCACAACAACACCACUAAACAAAUCCAUAAAACACGAUUUCUUUCCCGAGGUUAAGUUCUGCGACCUCUCGGCAAGUGACUUACAUGAUGGCGAAAACGAUUACGCCGCCAACGAACGUCUUCUAAAGCAUUGUCUGAUCACAGUUGACGACGGCAGUGGCGUCCUCACUACCACCACAACAACGACGACACUAGCCAUGUUGGAGGGCGAUGGCCUGAAAAAACGUAAACGCCUUAUCUCGAACGAAUCGGCCGAUUCGAUUGAUUCGAGCUCAACAGAUAAAAAGAAGCCAGAAAUACCUGACGGCGGCUACGGUUGGGUUGUCGUCUUGUCCUCACUCGUGGUCUCGCUCAUAGCAGAUGGUUUGUCAUUUUCCUUCGGCCUGCUUAAUUCGGAAUUGCUCGACUAUUUUGGUGAGUCCCCAUCGAAGACAGCCUGGAUUAGUUCGCUGUUCUUUUCAGUGCCCUUACUAAUGGGGCCCAUCUGGUCUAAUUUGGUUGAUAAUUAUGGCUGUCGCAAGAUGACCAUAUUUGGCGGCUUACUAUCCGCAAUCGGUUUUGGUCUUUCUUCACUUUGUAACUCCGUAGAAAUGCUAAUGUUAACUUUUGGCAUUAUUUCUGGCUUGGGGCUGGGUAUUGGCUAUGUGACUGCAGUGGUAUCAAUCGCUUUUUGGUUCGACAAGAAACGCACAUUCGCCACCGGUAUCGGUGCAUCUGGUACGGGCAUCGGCACUUUUUUGUAUGCACCGCUUACCCAGUGGCUAAUCGACUACUACGGCUGGAGAGGCGCCACACUCAUUCUUGCCGGCACAAUGCUAAAUACCUGCGUCUGUGGUGCGUUGAUGCGUGAUCCUGAUUGGCUCAUAGAGGAAAACCGUCUGGAGAGUCGUUCGCAAAGCGUAACCACGUUUUCCAAUUCGAGUGUGUGUCUCGAAGAAAUCAAAAAGCUACUAGAUACCGGUGUAACAAAGGAAGCUGUGCUUGACACGUUGGUGACUAAAAACAACACGGAAGCCAAUCAGCAAAUCAAUGAUCCAAAUGAGUUCAUCAUGAAACGCUACCGUAGCGAGUUAUUUUUACCAACCUUUUUGGUGUCUCAAGAUUUGGAUUGCCUUUACGAAAUCAAGAGUCUCAGCCGGCGCUCGCUACGUCAUAAGGACGGAGCUGAAGCGCCAUCGCGUGAAAAUUUGCUAUCGAUGUCUUCAGCUGGUGCCAAUCCCACAGCUACAUUUAUCGGCUCACCUGAUGACACAAUGAUGGGUGGUAUUGCUGAAACCGUGGCCGAAGAUGCGAAACGCAACUAUUUGGCUUCGAUGGAGACACUGUCGCCAUCGGAAAAGAAUUCGCUGAGCCGUGAAACACCCUCGCUCACAUCUUUGCUAUCGCAGCAAGCUUUCGUCGGCGUAAAUUCGAAAGCAUUGCCAGCAACUCCGCGCGAGUACCAACGCAAUAGCAGUCACGAUGGCACUAUCGCCAAUUCGCGCUACUCGCUAAAUGAAAACUUUUUCAGCGCAAAAAAAACGGCCACGUCUUUUGUGGAUCUGAAGCCGAAUGGCUUGCGGCACAACUCAGUCGAUAUACUGAGCGAUGAGACUUAUUAUUUGUCAAUUAAAAACGAUACUGCAGGACUUAUAGAUGGUAAUUUAAGGAAACUAAAUAAGGGGCCGGCAAUCAUAUCGAUACCGGAGAAUGACGCAACCAACAAGCCAGCGAAACGGUCACGUACUGAUAGCAUAAGCGGCAUGCGUCGGCUAUCGAAAUCGAAGAAACCGAUUGUGCGCUCAAGUUUUCGCCACAACAUCUCGAUGCGAAACUCAAACUUCUUGAAGAAUAUGCGAAUACAUCGCAAUUCCAUACAUUACCGUGGUGCUAUGUUGAAUACGCAUCGCUACCGAUUGCGCGCAUCCUCGUGCCCGAACAUCUACCGCAACUCCAUGACGACGAUUGCAAAAGAAGAAGAAGACACCUGGUACGAAAGUCUGGCUGACACAAUGAAGACGGUGUUUGAUUUUUCGUUGUUUAUGGAUAUGAAAUUCACGUUAUUUAAUUUAUCGACAUUGUUUUUGUUCAUUUGGUUUAUAAUUCCAUACCUUUACCUGCCAGAGCACAUGAAAAUUCAUGGCUAUGAAACGGCUGACAGUGCACAACUGAUUUCAGCCAUUGGCAUUGCCCAAACCAUUGGCAUGAUCGGUCUAGGCUACAUCGGCGAUCUUUCUUGGCUGAAUGUGAACGUCUGUUAUUCGGCGUGUAUGGUGGUGAGUGGCAUAUCGGUACUGCUCAUGCCGAUUUUCGUGAGCACUUAUAGUCUGCUGUUGUUGAUGUGCAUCAUCUUUGGCUUCACAUUCGCCAGCUCAUUUUCGUUUACACCCAGCAUUUUGGUCAGUAUUGUGGAUUUGGAUGAUUUUACAUGCGCCUACGGAUUGGUGCUAUUGGUACAGGGUGUCGGUAUGAUUGCGGGUCCACCCAUCGCUGGCGCAAUUUACGAAAUGACGCUGAAAUGGGAUCACUCAUUCUACUUUGCCGGCGUAUUUAUUGCCUUAUCGGGCGUGGCCUCCUAUUUGAUAGAGUUCUGCGAGAAGCGCGAGAAGGGCAGCGACAGCGAUGUGUCCGAAACUAAGAAAUCUAAUUUAAUACAUUAAAUAUUUAUAAAGCUAACUGUAUUAUAAUAAACGAAACUUUUUCGAGUUCUCAGUAAAGUCUACUGUGU